GAAAAAAGAAAAGCAAAAGUAACAAAAUAGACCUCCAUUCAGUGCUUUGUGGUGAUGCGAAAUUUGGUUCAUGUGCUGACAGUCUGAAUAAGGUUAAAGUUAAGAAAAAACAAAACAAAACCAAAAAAAAAAAAGAUUGAAAAAAGUAUAACUCAGGUGCCAUCUCUGAAGGUGAAGUGAGUGUGAGGUGAAGCUGCCAUAUGAACACCUAUGCAGUGUGAAUGCUCACUGUUAGAAACGUUCUGGGCAUUAUCUUACAUUGAGGUCAGUAACAUUUCAGUAGGGAUUAAUGUUGUUUAUCCUAAUUCUCUUCUCUUUUUUCUGUCAUUUUCAUUUUUCCUUAAUUUUUCUUUCUUUUGAUAUAAUGUAAAGUACAAUUUAACUUUUUUUUUUAAUGAAACAAAAAAAUAAAAAAAAUUACAAAAGUGCCAAGAGUCUAUGACUUGAUAUUUGAUUGAGUUGCAAGAACAGACGUGCUGCUGUUGCACUUCUCGAGCCACUCCCUCUUGCUGUGCCGAGAGCUGUAUAUGCAAAUGAACUCAUGCAAGGGUAGUUGCCUGCCCGCUGCCCAGCCAGCCAUUCAUUCAUUACCUGCGCCAUUCUUCACAGUGCUCAGUGAAUCAACUGGGUGAUUUUAUGUAUCAUUACUAUUAUUAUUGCGUUUCUUUUCUUUUUUUCUUAUUCUUGUUCGUAAAAAGAAUUCCAUAUUUUACACUUUAUGGAAUGUAUCCUACUCCAUUUUUGGAUUUCUCUAGUGUCACCUUUGUACAGGAGCUGGACUCUGGUUCUCUGACAGGUGAAUAUAAGAAUAAUGAUAAAAGGAGAAAAAACUAAUAAAAAAAGAACAAUCAACAACAAACUCACACCGGUACAACCUCUACACACUCCAGUGUCUGUUCCUUUCUUUGGAAGAAGGAGGGGUGAAGACAGCGACAGGAUCCGGGGGCUAAAGAAGAAGACUCAUCCAUCCUGAAAAUGUGUUUCCUCGAUGGACUUUACUGUCGGGGAAAUAUUGCAUUUGAGGACAGCAGGAGGGCACCAGGACGCACAUUUCAAGGUGGAAAAAAGGACUGGAAAAGGCAUGUGUGUAUAUAUAUUUGUCUUUUAGGAAUUGUGGAGAGUCCUUAUUUUUUUAACUUAGAUAUUGACACAGUGUAAAUGUUUUUAGAUUUUUUUUUCCUUAUUUUGUGCAAGAUAUUUUUGUUCAUUGUUAAAGGGUGUAUCUUUUGUAUGAUCUUUGUUGAAUAAGUUUUUAUAUGCAUUUUUUGGUGGUCAUUGUUUGAGAUGAAAAAUUAUGAAGUGUAUAUUACAUUACACUGUUUAAAGUGUA